AUGCUGUGUGGGCUCAACCGGGAGACCCCUGAAGAGGCCGACGAUGGGCCUUACUCCAAGGGAGGCAAAGAUGCGGGAGGAGCCGACGUGGCCCUGGCUUGCCGCAGACAGAGCAUUCCAGAGGAGUUCCGAGGGGUCACCGUGGUGGAGCUGAUCAAGAAAGAAGGCAGCACGCUGGGCCUGACCAUCUCAGGCGGCACCGACAAGGAUGGGAAGCCCAGGGUCUCCAACCUGAGGCCCGGGGGGCUGGCGGCCAGGAGUGACCUGCUGAACGUGGGCGACUACAUUCGGUCGGUGAACGGGAUCCACCUGACCCGGCUCCGCCACGACGAGAUCAUCACCCUGCUCAAGAACGUGGGCGAGCGCGUGGUGCUGGAGGUGGAGUAUGAGCUGCCCCCGCCCGCCCCUGAGAGCAACCCAGGGAUCGUUUCAAAGACAGUGGACGUCUCUCUCUACAAGGAGGGCAACAGCUUUGGCUUUGUCCUCAGAGGAGGGGCCCAUGAAGACAGCCACAGGUGUCGCCCACUUGUCCUGACCUGUGUGCGCCCUGGGGGCCCUGCCGACAGGGAGGGCUCUCUGAAGGUGGGGGACAGGCUGCUCAGCGUUGACGGGAUCCCACUGCACGGGGCCAGCCUCGCCGCUGCCCUGGCCACUCUGCGGCAGUGCAGCCACGAGGCCCUCUUCCAGGUGGAGUAUGACGUGGCCGUUCCAGAUACCGUGGCCAGUGCUUCGGGCCCCCUGAUAGUGGAAAUAACCAAGACGCCGGGGUCCGCCCUGGGAAUCUCGCUCACCACUGGCUCCCACCGGAACAAGCCAGUCAUCACCAUCGACCGCAUCAAGCCGGCCAGCGUGGUGGACAGGAGCGGAGCGCUGCAUGCUGGAGACCACAUCCUGUCCAUCGACGGCACCAGCACGGAACACUGCUCGCUGCUCGAGGCCACCAAGCUGCUGGCCAGCGUGUCAGAGAAAGUGCAACUGGAGAUCCUGCCUGCGCCCCAAAGUCGGCGGCCCCUGAGGCCCUCAGAGGCAGUGAAGGUGCAGAGAAGUGAGCAACCCCAUCGCUGGGCCCCCUGCGUGCCCUCCUGCCACAGCCCCCGGCCCGGCCACUACCGGACGACACCCACCUGGUCCGCCCCUGCCGGCCAAGACCAGAGCCGAUCCCUAUCCUCGACGCCAUUUUCCUCGCCGAUCAUGAACCACACCAUGCCCUGCACCCACCCCAGCACCCUUCCCCGCGGGUCGCAGCCCAUGAGCCCCCGGACCACAAUGGGGCGGAGGAGGCAGCGAAGAAGGGAACACAAGAGUUCAUUGUCUCUGGCCUCCAGCACGGUGGGGCCGGGCGGGCAGAUCGUGCACACGGAGACCACGGAGGUCGUGCUCUGCGGGGACCCCCUCAGCGGCUUCGGCCUCCAGCUCCAGGGCGGCAUCUUCGCCACCGAGACCCUGUCCUCCCCGCCCCUGGUGCGCUUCAUCGAGCCUGACAGCCCGGCAGAGAGGUGUGGGCUGCUGCAGGUGGGGGACCGUGUUCUGUCCAUCAACGGCAUCGCCACGGAGGAUGGGACGAUGGAGGAAGCCAACCAGCUGCUGCGGGAUGCCGCGCUGGCCCACAAGGUCGUGCUGGAGGUCGAGUUCGACGUGGCAGAGUCUGUCAUCCCGAGUAGCGGCACCUUCCACGUGAAGCUGCCUAAGCGGCGCGGUGUGGAGCUGGGCAUCACCAUCAGCUCGGCCAGCAGGAAGCGAGGAGAGCCCCUGACCAUCUCUGACAUCAAGAAAGGCAGUGUGGCACACAGGACUGGCACCCUCGAGCCAGGGGACAAGCUGCUGGCCAUCGACAACAUCCGCCUGGACAACUGUGCCAUGGAGGACGCCGUGCAGAUCCUGCGGCAGUGUGAGGACCUGGUGAAGCUGAAGAUCCGGAAGGACGAGGACAACUCUGAUGAGCAGGAGACCACGGGUGCCAUCAGCUACACAGUGGAGCUGAAACGCUACGGGGGCCCCCUGGGCAUCACCAUCUCGGGCACGGAGGAGCCUUUUGACCCCAUCGUCAUCUCGGGCCUCACCAAGCGCGGUCUGGCUGAGCGGACUGGCGCGAUCCACGUUGGGGACCGUAUCUUGGCCAUCAACAGCGUUAGCCUCAAGGGCCGGCCGCUGAGCGAGGCCAUCCACCUCCUGCAGGUGGCUGGUGAGACCGUCACCCUGAAGAUCAAGAAGCAGCUGGACCGCCCACUCGCACCUCACAAGUCAGGCAGCUUCAGCGAGCCCAGUGAUGCGGAUGAGGACCCGCCAGAGGCACUCAAAGGAGGACAGCUGACUGCCCGGUUCUCGCCCGCUGUGCCGAGUGUGGACAGCGCCGUGGAGUCCUGGGACAGCUCGGCCACAGAGAGUGGCUUUGGGGGCCCAGGUUCCUACACGCCACAGACGACAGCCCGGGGUGUGCACCCCCCGGAGUGGCAGCCCAGCCGGCUGAGAAGCAGCCCCCCACCCACCGAGCCCCGGAGGACGAGCUACACUCCAGCCCCUGCUGACAAGAGCUUCCCCGAGGAGGAGGAAGAGGAGGAUUGGGAGCCACCAACGAGCCCAGCCCCCGGCCCUGCCCACAAGGAGGGCUUCUGGCGCGUGUUUGGGGAAGCCCUCGAAGACCUGGAGUCGUGCGGUCAGUCAGAGCUGCUGAGGGAGCUGGAGGCAUCCAUCAUGACGGGCACCGUGCCGAGCGUGGCCCUCGAGGGCAGGCCUGGCCACCGGCCCUGGCGGAGGGGCCGGGAGGUACGCCCUUCCCCGGAAGAGAUGCAGGAGCUGCUGCUGCCAACACCCUUGGAGAUGCACAAGGUGACCCUGUACAAGGACCCCACGAGGAAUGACUUUGGUUUCAGCGUCUCAGACGGCCUCCUGGAGAAGGGUGUCUAUGUCCACACCGUGCGCCCUGAGGGGCCCGCCCAGCGUGGGGGCCUCCAGCCCUUCGACAGGGUCCUCCAGGUCAACCACGUUCGCACGCGGGACUUCGACUGCUGCCUGGCGGUGCCGCUCCUGGCCGAGGCGGGCGACGUGCUGCAGCUGGUCAUCAGCCGCAACCCGCUGGCACAGAGCAGCCGGACCCCGCGAGCCCCCGGCCCCAGCAGCCCCCGGAUGCUCUGA